UGCUGGCAGGACGCAGCGCCAGGCCCCCUGCCCCUGCCCCGUGCCCUGGCCCUCAGCACCCUCUCUGGCCCCUCUCUGGCCAGGCCCAAGGAUGCCUCUGCUUCACUGACUCAUUCAUACCUUCCUCUUUUGUGACGGCAAGUCACAGGGGCAAGUGCUGAGCUGCGCCCCGCCACAGGGGGAACUCAGAGCCGAGGAGUGAGCAGGGUCUAAGGGCAGAAGAGCAAGAGGGGCUCAAGUCGGCGGCGGAGAGGGGAGCCGGGUGGAGGCCAGGUGCUGGGCACCAUGGCGGAGGCCAUCACCUACGCAGAGCUGCGGUUUGUGAAGGCUCCCUUGAGGAAGAGCGUCUCCCUCCCGGGACAGGAGUCCGAUGAGGAUGGAGAACUCACCUACGAGAACGUGCAGGUGCCCCCAGGCCUGGGGGGGCCCCAGACCUUGGCUCCCUCUGCAACAGGGGACCAGGCAGACGGCCAGGCGGAGCCGCCAACCGCCUCCAGGAGCGGCGCAGCGUCACCAGCUGCCGGGCGGACGCUCGCUGGCCAAGGCCGGGCAGCCUGCUCACAGUACCUCCAGCUGGGCCUGCUCCUCACCUGCCUGCUGUUGGGGGUGGCUGCCAUCUCCCUGGGCGUGCGAUAUGUGCAGGUGUCUCAGCAGCUCCGGCAGAUGGACGGGGUUCUGGAAGCCACUAACAGCAGCCUUCUGCAGCAGCUCCACCUCAGGACAAUCCAGCUGGGGCAGAGCGAAAUGGACCUGCAGGGCUCCAAGAGAGAGCUGGCCCAGAGUCAGGAAGCCCUCCAGGCAGAGCAGAGGGUCCACCAGGCUGCCGAGGAGCGGUUACAGGGCUGCCAGUCGGACAAGGAAAAGACACAGGAGACCUUGCAGAGCGAGGUGGCACAGAGGAGCGCCCUGCAGCAGAGGUUGAGCCACGUUCAGGCCACGCUGAAGCCCUUCUUCACGUGCCCAUCACGAGACACCUGCUGCCCGGUGGGAUGGACACUGAUCCGGGGAAAAUGCUUUCAUAUCUCAUUCACUGAGAGAGAUUGGGAGGAAAGUCAGAGAUAUUGUAAAUCUCUGUCGUCUGACCUGGCCAUAGACAGAGACCGUCCUUGGAGUUAUUAUUCAGCUUUUAGCAACUUAAGGUUGCAGUUGUCAUGGGAUACUUUGUAUUGGAUUGGCCUCAGCUUUAAUGAUGGCUGGCGGUGGAGUGACGGUACAGUGUUUAAUGGUUUUGUUACUGAAACCUCAAAAUGUGCCGCGUUAAAAACCUGGUCAUGGGAAACUCUGGAGCCACGGGACUGUAAGACUCGUCUUCCCUGCAUCUGUGAGGUGGCCUCUUUCCGGUUUCCAGACGAGGAGCACCCUUUGCCCUGAUCUGGGUGAGAGUGGAGCCAGGGUGGCGGCAUGAUAUUCAUGCUGACGAGAGCCUGUGACCCUCACCUCUAACCUGUGGACUUCGGGGCCAAACCUCAGUGCCUCCACCCUGCCCCCCAAGUACUUCCUCUCUGGGCAGUGCCCAGCCAAGGCAUGAUCCACACGACACUCUAGCCAGCAGCUGCCUAAAACCUUGUCCCAGAAACUCGUCUAUUCCUGGGAACAGGGUGAAGAAGCCUUGAGAAGGGACUUUGGCCUCCCCAAGAACCUCCCAUGGCGGCAUGGGAGUGGGGGCGGGGAGGAGGGCGCACGGGCCGAGGGGAUAAGGGCAGCCCGGGGCCAGCCAGGCAGUUUUAUUGAAAUAUUCUUAAAUAA